GGCGCGGUCUCUGCAGAGAUCCUCCGGGCGCUGGGCCGCGUGUGUACCCGUGGGGGCGUGGCGGCGGAAAGGGCCGCCUGGCCGGCACUCGCGGGGUCCCGGUGGCUGUGUUUGCCCGGCAGCCGGACUCUGUGGGCACGUGAGUGGGAGGGGAGCGGCGGGCGGGAGCGGUCCUGGCCGGCGAGGUCCGGCUCGUGGCUGAAGGACCUCCUCAUCUUCCACAGUCCCUGGAAGUUAAAGCCCCGCCUUUCUCCCGCGCGGGCUCUACCCCGCCCCUCACCUCCUGUGCUCCUUCCUCUGGGAUCUCUCUUUCCCAGGAGGCCAUGGAUACUUCGACGCCUUUGCCUUCCGUAGCUCCCUCCCCGGUCUGCAACCCAGCCCCACGGACGAUCCAGAUCGAAUUCCCUCAGCAUAGCUCAUUGCUUCUAGAAGCCCUGAACCGCCACAGGCUAGAGGGAAAGUUCUGUGACGUGUCCCUCCUGGUGCAGGGCCGCGAACUUAGGGCUCACAAAGCGGUGUUGGCUGCCGCCUCUCCUUACUUCCAUGACAAGCUUCUUCUGGGGGAUGCUCCACGGCUCACUCUGCCCAGCGUCAUCGAAGCCGAUGCCUUCGAGGGGCUGCUCCAGCUCAUUUAUUCAGGGCGCCUCCGUCUGCCACUGGACGCUCUCCCCGCCCACCUCCUUGUGGCCAGUGGCCUCCAAAUGUGGCAAGUAGUAGAUCAGUGCUCAGAGAUUUUGAAAGAACUAGAAAACUCAGGUGGUGGAAUUUCAACCCGGGGGACAGCCCCCUUCCACACACUUCUUUCCACAACAUCCUCUGCAGGAGGCUGGUGCAUUCGCUCUGCCCCUUUCCAGACCCCAGCGCAGUCUUCUCCUUCUACCGAGAGCCCCGCUGUAGGGGAGGGGAGUGAACUGGGAGAUGUGUUGCAGAUUCAAGUUGAAGAGGAGGAGGAGGAAGAAGAUGAGGAGGACCAGGGAUCAGCAGCACCGUCUCAGGCUCCUCAACCUCAGAGAGGAUCAGGGAGUUUUCCCCACCCUUCUGGAUCCCACCCACUGCCUGUAUCCGCUACUCCCCGCAGGCUUCCAGAGGGUGAGAGUGCGCCACUUGAGCCUCCUGCCUCUCACACUGCACUGCCCCCCAAGAUCUUCUUCGUUAAGCAGGAACCCUUUGAGCCCAAGGAGGAGAUAUCAGGAGGUGGAACUCAGUCUGGAGGAGCAAAGGAGGAAACCAAAGUGUUUCCUGGAGGGGACACUGAAGGGAAUGGAGAGCUAGGAUUCUUGCUGCCAUCAGGAACAGGAACAACGUCUGGAGGAGGUGGUCCAUCCUGGAAACCAGUGGAUCUUCAUGGGAAUGAAAUCCUGUCAGGGGGUGGGGGACCUGGGGGAGCAGGGCAGGCUGUGCAUGGGCCUGUGAAGCUAGGUGGGGCACCCCCUGCAGAUGGAAAACGCUUUGGUUGUUUGUGUGGGAAGCGGUUUGCGGUGAAGCCAAAGCGUGACCGGCACAUCAUGCUGACCUUCAGCCUUCGGCCCUUUGGCUGUGGCAUCUGCAACAAGCGCUUCAAGCUGAAGCACCAUCUGACAGAGCACAUGAAGACCCAUGCUGGAGCCUUGCAUGCCUGUCCCCACUGCGGCCGUCGGUUCCGUGUCCAUGCCUGUUUCCUUCGCCACCGGGACCUGUGCAAAGGCCAGGGCUGGGCCACUGCUCACUGGACUUAUAAGUGACUGCUCAGGCCACAUGCUAGCUUCCAGGACAAGGGAGCCACUGCUGCUGAUGGAUACUUCACCACUAUGGCAUCCCAGUCCUGGAUCUUGUCAUCAUGCCAAGAGAAUAUGUUAUGGAUUUCUUGUUUUGGGGUGUUGGCGUCAAUCUGGCAGUUUUGGAAACUUUUUUCAUGUCCAGGUUUUUGCUAACUACGGGAAGGUGGGUUUACAGGCUAUACAUAAAUUGGUCACUUGCCCAUAAUCUUUUCGUACAGGAAACCAGAUUUCAGAUUAGUUUAUUUGAUGAGAGAGAAACUAGAGCACAAAACAUGAUAAAUGUUUCAUUCAGUCUCUAUGAGUAAUUAAAGGAGCUGGUCUCCAUCUAGAGAUAUGUUUGAUUCAGAGUUCUAGUAAUUCAGAGACUAAGCUCUUAAGUUUUUCUCUCCUUUAUCAUUACUGUAAUUAUGUGAGUAGAGUUUUUAUAUACUUUUUUUUUGUUAUAUCUUUCCAGAAGCCCUUCAGAAUUGCUUUCUCACCGGUAGAUACUUUUCCAACACCUUUAUUUUUCAUGUUGUAGUUGAGCACUUUAACAAAUUGAACAUUCCACGUGUCAUGUAGAACUCUCAUUAAUAGAGUCUGUGCCUCUUGCCCACCACUGGUCACACAUACAUUCAUCACAAUGACUGGAAUGUGACCAGUGAACUUGGGAGAUGGCCACUGACCUAACAUGCUCUCAGGGUAGCAACACUGCUCUGAACAAGUGGCCAUGAGCAGUGGGACUCAGGGCUGAGAUGGCAUACGCUAAAGUGUAGAGAAUAACUGCACAGUGGGACCACACCCCCUUCCCUUUCAUCCCCAACUACACAUUACCUUGGUCAACAGGUAACAGGGUAGAUAUUGUAACGGGGAGAUUGUCAUAGGUUACUUAAUUUCUUCAAAUAAACUUUGCCCUAGAAUGUA